AUGGCGGAGGAGAAAGCACUAGCAGUGUACAACAAGGUGAGAGAAAGAGAGGUUAGAAAGUUGGCCAGGUUGAAGGCAACAAGUAUCAUGGAGAUGAACACAGAAGCGGAAUGGAUAGAGAACACAACAAAAACGGAGAUUCCGGACUACGUAGAACGCACACUGAUGCUGGGCCCAAACUUCAACAUCGAGAACAGACGAGACGUUCCGUAUAUCGAGCUGAUAGCAAGCAUCGAAAAAGUUAUCCAGAACAAAGAAAAUGCAGACGAGAUCAGGUCGGAAGUUUCCAACGCUAUGAUCAAUCACAUUAAUUACCGCCACCAACCCCACCACCCUCCGGGAGAAUGGAUCGAGAAAGAGGUUAUCAAAAGUAAGAAGUUUAUAAAGGCAAACCCGAACCUGGUCAUCACGAAAGCUGACGAAGGUAGCAAAACAGUAAUUAUGGAGGCUGAUGAGUACCACGAAAAAAUGGUUAUCCUGCUCACGGACGAGAACACGUAUAAAAAACUUACAAAAAAUCCAACUAACAAAAUCAUCAAAAAAAUCAACAGUUUCAUCGACAGAUGGCACAACAAAGGAUACAUCGACUUUCGGACACAAAAGAGCCUGAAGGAAUCCAGUUGCAAUCCACCACGCAUUUACGGAUUACCGAAAAUACAUAAAGACAACCGACCCCUCCGGCCGGUGGUGUCCACGAUUGGAUCGGCAACAUAUAACAUUGCCAGAUAUCUUGCCGGAAUAAUUGCCAAGGUGGUAGGAAAAACGGAUUUCCACGUCCGUAAUAGUUUUGAUUUUGCCGAGGAGAUAGCAGGAGUCCAGACGAGUGAAGGAGAAGUUCUGUUUUCAUUGGACGUGGUCUCCCUAUACACCAACGUACCAGUGGACUACGCAUUGGGAUGCUUGGAGGAAAGAUGGGGAGAAGUGGAACACCAUACGAAGAUCGACAAGGAGAGCUUCGUCGAAGCAGUGAAAAUAGUGCUUGAGUCAACCUUCUUCGUGUAUCAGGGAACCAUGUAUGGACAGACCUUCGGCUCGCCGUUAUCACCAGUGAUUGCCAACGUAGUCAUGGAAAAACUGGAGCAGGAGUGCAUAAGGAAACUGGAGGCCAAUCAAAUACAAAUGAAAGUUUAUGAACGGUACGUAGAUGAUUGCAUGUGUGUGGCAGGUGUUGAACACAUUCAGAUGAUCGUAGACACGUUCAACAGUUUUCACGAUCGUUUGCAGUUCACGGUGGAAAUGGAGGUGGAGGGUAAAAUUAAAUUCCUGGACAUGACACUAGAGUGCGAAAACGAUCGAAUCAUGACAGCAUGGCUACCCAAACAGCAGAUUGGACGGUAUCUAGAUUAUACAUCCAAGAGCCCCUUCCAACACAAACAUAACACGGCGAUCGCACUUUUUGAUCGGGCUAUAAGCACUAGCAGUGUACAACAAGGUGAGAGAAAGAGAGGUUAG